GCCAAAACAAAGCUGUCUGCUUGCCAACAGUAAAGGCUAGGUCGGCGAUGGUAGAGAAGGGUUAGUUUAAACCUCGCAAAAAGAGGCAUAAAUGACGAUCUCCGUAAUUCGUAGGGAUAUGACAUCUGAAGAAAAUCCAGAAUGUAGUCACGAAUUUAAUUUCUUUUUGGAUAGACAGUUGCAAACUAAAUUGAUAGAACAAGACGAAAUAUUACACGCAGAGGAACUCUACUCACAAUACAACCUCACAAAUACAGAAUCAAAAGUUGUGAAUUCCAAAAGUAUUGGGAAAAAUGAAGAAAUUCAAGGCUGGGUAAGUGAACCCAAAGUUAUUCUACGCAAACCGGAGAAAGAGGGUGUUAAACAACCCCCACCCCCUUGGCGUGAUUUCAGGAAUAAACAGGUAUCUAUUCAAGACUCCUUUGUAUUCAAACAUUAUGGAGAUAUCCGUGCUUACAUUGAACAGUACCGAAGGGAGCAUACUAAUGGAUUAGGUUUUAAGUCCCACAGUGCUUUAGACCGAGUGCAGGGCGAUGGUCCUCGUCGACAUGGUCAGUCGCCCUCUCAAAUACACGUUCAGCAGCAGAAUACUUGUAACUGUGGUGCCCCUCCUUGUGCUUCAGAAGUUCAGAAAUACCUCACAGCUGCCCUUCAGUACACGAACAGACAACCUACUUCACUGGCUGGUUAUCAGUCUAAUUCUCCUUCUCAGGGAGUCCAAAGUGCCAAUUCUCAUCAACCACCCAACUCACCUCAUACAGCUAAUGGACAUGUUUGUACAAAGCACAAUCACCAUCACCAGGCAGAAAAAAAUAGCCAAGCAUACAAAUACAAACUGUCACCAGACUGUCAAAUGAUGUGGUCAAGUCGGACAGAAUCUCGGAAUUCGGAGCGAGUUGAGCAUCCCUCCCCCCGCAUGCAGUCAGCCAAAGUGUACCCCUCAGGAAAAGUCCCUACCAAGGUCUCUGUGCCAGCAGCCCCUCCUAAUGGACAUGUUAAGAGACCUCCCAUAUCUGUACCCAAACUGAGGAACACAUUCUUAGGUGUCAGAGCUUGGCGAUUACCGAGUCGGCAAAACAAUCCGAACAAACUUGUGGAAACCGUAACACCGCCAUCCACUACCGGAGUCCGUACGUUAGACACACUGGCAUGUGUAGCAACAGACAAACAGAGGCAACGACCCUUUACUACCACUGUGUCAGUGAGGACACUAGGUCACGUUUUGUCUGACACCAGGGGUCGCGCCAUUUUGCGACCAUCAACAGUUUCCUCCACCGAGUUCUAUGAGCAUCCGAAUAACACUAGAACACAUCCAUGUGAUACUCCAAAGUCCGACAGAAUCGAUUUGGACAUUGGGGCAUCAGUGUCAGAAGAUGAAGAAGGGGAUAAUUCGGAAGAGAGCGACGCCAUUAGUAUAAGCAGACUAUCCACGGCAUGUCUUGGUGCAGAUAUACGUGUAAAAAAUGAAAACCUCGAACCUUCUUGUACUUAUCACGUGUUUCCAAAUGAAAUGAUGCUCGAUAAUAGUGUGACUGUUUUGAAUACCAGAAGUUUGACCUGGUACCCUUCAAUUUCCACCCCUCCUCAGCCACGCUCUCGACUCAAAAACACCAAAAGGGAAACACCUUCUCCUGGCAUGCCAGAGAUUGCUGUAGCAGUUGCCGAAUGUUAUAGCCCGCGUUUGCUCCGAUCAAGAACAGAGGACAGAAUCGACUUUCCAGUGAUUAAGAAAGAUGUGAAGGGAAUGUUGGUUGCAUCUGACAUCAAUCUUGGAGAUCAAGCGAAACUUGAAUCAACACAAGUAGCUACUGCUGUGGCGGACGAGUUAGAAAAUGAUAUUGAAACGCCUCGUAUCAUGUCAUUGAAAGAAAGCAAGACAAAGCUUAUGAAGAACCUUCGGAAGAAAUAUGCAGGAUAUAUAAACAACAAAGGUAAGAAGCCAGUUCAUAGACCAAAAGGUGCCCCCGACUGUCAUAGUGUGAAGAGUCUAAAAUCUGAUAAGACAGGAUCCAUUCAAAGUGCUAAAGAUGGCCGGAAUGCUCACACAGCCGAUCCAACACUACAUUAUUGGAAAUAUGACGAAAAAGGAGAAAUUGACAGGAAGUCAGUAACGUCACGCAAGAGCAGCCGACAACGUGAAGCAGACGAAGAAUCAAUGAUAAAAGUAGCCGAGUAUCUCCUUAGUGAUUCCAACAUUCUAGCAACGCAGGGGCGUCAACAGGAACAGCAAGCAGGUCACAAGCAUGGCAUGUCCAUGGCUGAAGGGAUGUGGUUUGAUGCCAGUGGUCGGGCCUACGUCAGUUUAGCGGCCCGUUAUGAUCCCCUCAGAAAGUAGACUUCAUUUAAUUUUAAGGAGGAAGUUACUGCAUCACAGAGUGAUUUAACCUGGUUUGAGAAACUUGAGUUACUCCGAGCCGUCAAUAAGCCAAAAGAGAGACAAAGAGCUAAAAUGCCUAAACUUAAGUACAUCAAAGACAUGGUGGAAC